AUGUCGUUCCUACCCAUCUUCGACUACGGGGUGAUACCUGCAACCACCAGCUUUAAGAGUGAUGGUAACCCUAGCGGCAGUGACGUGAGUAACACGGCAGCAAUUUCCUCUGCGUCUGCUGGCAGUAGUAAGCCACCCUCUGGGGCGAACCCUGGGGGGAAGGGCGCAACCGCGGGCGGGGAAGGCGGAACCGCGGGCGCGGGCGGCGCAAAAGCGGAUGGCGCGGAGGCGCCGAAGAAAAAAGCGACAAAAUUGGGGAGCAGCGGAGCAGGCGGAAAGAAAGCCGCGGGUAAAGCAGCGGCGAAAGGGAAGGGGAAGGCGGGGACGGGGAAAGGGGCGGGGAAAGCGGCAGGAACUGGCUCCUCGUCUUCCGCAGCCGGCGCGGCUGCUGCGGCGCGGGAGAAGGAGGAGCGCAUGAAAGCGGCGAAGGCGGAGGUUGAGGCGCACGCCACCGCGCUGGAGGCGCAUCGAUCCGCCGUCUUCAAACUGCAGGCGCUGCUGAUCCGCGACGCGGUCAAUAAAGGGUUCUUCUCUCAGCAUGGCACAGCGCGGAGCAUGCUAGUAGAGGGAGAGGGAGGGAAAGAAAGAGGAGUGAGAAGGGAAGAGAGAGUGGGAGAGGGAGAGGGAGAGAGUGUAGGAGAGAGAGGAGGGGAGAGAGGAAGAGAGAAAGGGGGAGAGAGAGGGAGAGGAGAUAACAUUGCUCAGAGCAUAAUGUCUCAAGUGGUUGCUGCGUCAGGGACGUGUGAUGAGGUGUUUGCACCGAGUGUGGGGAUGGAGGGGUGGGUUGGGGGCGAGCAGAAUGAGAACGUUAGGGGCGGCAUGGGGGUGGGAGUGGGUGACAGGGUUGGUGGGACGUUAGACGUAGCAGCAGUAGAAGCAGGAGGAACAGGAGGAGCAGGGGACGGGGCAGGGGCGAAUGGAACAGCAGCAGCAGCGACAGCAACAGGGAAAGAAGCAGUUGAGGGGCGAACAGCAGAGCUGCGACCAGCUUUAAAGAAAGCAGUGUCUGGGGAGAAGGGCGGGCGGGAAGUAGGUGCGCAGAGGGAGGAGGGGAGGCAUGUAACCUGGGCGGCAGAUGACAGGCUGGCAGUGGCACAGGAUGAGAAGGGUGGCAGUGGCAGCGGGGGGAGGGGUAGAGGUGAGGUGGAGUUAGAAGGGGGGAGCGCAGGACGGGAGGAGAGGUGGGGAGAGGGGACUGCAGCAGGGGAGAGAGGUGGGAAGGAGCGGGGAGGUGGGAGGGGGAAGAAGCAGGGAGCAGUGAGGGAGGGGGCAGUGAGGGAGGGGAGCAGUGGGGUGGUUGGCAGGGGUGCAGAAGGCAUGGGGGAAAGAGAAGGGUGGGGCGUGGAGGGAGGGGCAGAGGCAGCAGCAGCGGGUCGCUGUGGAUGGUUUGAGCCUCCUCCCCCGGGCUUCAAGAUGCAGACUCGUCUGCUUGCGACCUUUGCCUUCCGCUCGCCCCUCGCCUCUCUCCGCCGCCCCCACUGGCAACUGCUGCUGUUGCUGCUGCUCGAGGCCCUGUCGGUCAACUGCCUGCCCCCUGCUGCUGGUAGUGCACUCAACACACACAGGCAUCAAGUAUACAAGGUGGCAGCAGCAGCAGGUGUGGACAGGGACAACUACCUCUUGCUCAGGCAGAUGCUGCUUCCCAGGGGGCCUUCGGUUAGCAACCCGAACCAGAACACAAACGCUGCUGCUUAG